AUGUCGCUUGAGAAUGAUAAUGUUCACGUUGUAAAAAAUGAUGCUUCUCUGGAUCCAUCAUCUGAUCAGUCCGUAUCGGGUCGAAGUCGAAGUCACAGCACUGGUAGCGUUUCAAGGCCAUUUGGCGUAGUCUGUGACCAAGAGUCAAAUCCUACUCACUAUCGUGUCGCAGCCAAACCAUGCCUAGUCCUCAGGUCAUCCAGUUCUACUGGCCCUAGACCUACAUCUACCAGUAAUUUAAAAUCCAUCGAUCCUGGAUCAUUUCAACGAACACUUUGUGAGGUUUCUUCAUAUUAUGAACCCAAUGUUGCAUGUACCAGUGACGCAAUUACAAGUGGUGUCAAUAAAAAUAUCUCUUUUAAAUCAAAGCCAAGUAGCUUCUCUUCUCCACCAUCUAUUGCUCAGACAUCCUCUUCAACAUCAUUGGGAGCAAGGCGUAGGCACUCACAUAUAGAAUUCUUGGAUAAGCAUGGAAGUCAAUCUCGCAGCCCACCUCCUUCGGUUGAUGCUAUCAAAGCUAUAAACAAUAAUAUAAAUAAUCUAAUGAAUACAUGUAAUGGUAAUAAUGAUGUCAACGGUUUGUCAAACACUGACGAUAUUAUAAGUCCAUCCAAUUCUCCUGCACCGCCUUUGGCCCAAGCUGUUGUCGCUGCGCUAAGACAGCAUCAUCAUAGUUUGUUAAGAUCAACGACAAAUACAUCGACAGCUUCUUCAUCGCAUUUCUCACCUAGUUAUUUAUCUGAUGACAAUCCUGAUGAUGUUGAUGAUGAUGGGGUAAUGGAUGGAGAAAUGGAGACAGAUCAAGUUGAUAACGAUAACAAUAUCGAUGAAGAAUAUGGUGAUAAAAAUUUUCAUGUUCACGAUCAAGAUUGUACAAUUAAUUUAUUGUCUGAUGAAUGUCAUCACCAACAAUUGAUUGAAUUAGAUGGUGAAAGUGGAUAUGGUGCAUCAUGUUCAUCGUCAUCAGUUAAACUUAAUCAUAGUUCUGAGAAUAAACGUGAUAAAAAACGUCGACGUAAUCAAUUUCAAUAUAGAACAACUAGUAUUGAAACUGAUACAACAGAUCAUUUGUCAAUUAGUAAUCAACCAAAUGAUAAAUUAUGUGAAGUAAAAAAUUCAAUAAAUGUAUCACCACAUCCUUCUGGAGUUAUUUCAGAUUGGACUAAAACUAAAUCAGAUAUUCGAAAUGAUAGUACACGUCAUAAACGAAAUCGUGUCCGAAUUCUAGACAAUUCUAUUGCUGUUUCAACAACAACGCAAAACUUACAGAGACAAGUUGCCAUUAAUCGUCCAUUCACAUCUGUUUUAUCGCAUUAUAAUAUGAAUGAUUAUGAGAUAUUAAGUCAUUCAUUUAGUCCAAUUCCUUUGGAUUUAUCACAAUCACAUAGUAAUCGAAGCUCAUUCUGUAGUAAUAGUAAUGAUAAUCGUUAUUAUUAUUGUUGUACACAACAUACUACUCAUGGUGGUACUGAUUUUAAAUGUAUGUAUUCACUAAUGGAUAUCCCUAAUGAUUUAAUUGGUGUAAAUUGGAUUUCAUUUGAUCCUAGUGUAAAAGAAAUAAAUGAACAAAUUGGUUUACCCAAUACAGGUCAAACAAACUACUCAGUAAAUUGUAAUUUAACAACAAUUGGAUCACCAUUACCAUCAUUAUCUUCAUCAGAAACGGUACCAUUGACUAUACCAGUUAAUAUACAGUCUACAAAUUAUCAAUCAUCUGUUAAGGAUUAUCCAAGCAUUGAAAUUGCAGAAACAACUCCAAUUGAUAUCAUGAAUAAUGAUGAUGAAAAUAAUAACAAUAAUAAUAGUUUUAUAAGUGAUCAAAAUAUACAAUCUGUUGUUUCAGAUAAUUCUAUCACUACUGUGACAACAACGAAUUCAAUGAGACAUACAAUGUGUUUAGUAAAUAACUCUUUAACAAAUAUAUCAUGUACUCGAUCGAACUCAUUCAUCCCUACUACAUCUAACAUUCCGUGUACAUUCACAUAUCGUAAUCAUGAUCAUAAUAGUCAUAAUAAUAAUAAUAACUGGGCUACAGCAUAUCUACCGUCACAAUUAGAACGAAUACACUUAAGUAGACGAUCAUCGACUAUUUGUACGUCUCAGCCGCUAGCUUCGGCAAUAACAACAACAGCAAAUAAUAUCUGUCACCAUAGAUGUUCUUCACUAUCAGGUCACUUGUGUAGUCAUGCUAUUGGUGGCAGCAGUGGAAACUAUUUUUGUCCAAACAACAGUUAUAAUAAUCACCAUUUAACAAAUUGCCCCUUACUUCAUAAACAUAGUUACCAGCAUCACCAUCAUCCAAAUAAAAUAACUUCACUAGUUAAUUGUGAUUCUCCACCUGAGUCUUGUUCUAGUUCUGCUAAAGUAAAUUAUCGUUCAGAUUAUGGGUCAUUUCAUGGACAUAAUGGUGUUAUGAAUCCUGCAAGUGUUAGUAGGGAAUUUUACGACGAUUCUGGUCUAGAUUUCACGUUAUCAUCACCACAUACUAAAUUAUUUUGUCCUCGCAAUGGUAGUGAUGGUCGCCAUACACUUAAUAGUUGCAUAAACCAAACACAAUUUCAAUCUACAAACAUAGAACAGAGACGCUAUUCCCUAUCAGCACUACCAUUUUGUGAAGUGAAUUUAGCAUCUCCAGUUAAGUAAGUACUCUGCCUUUUUGUUUACUUGUUUCUGAAGAUUUAUUCAACUUAAAAGUGGUUUUCGUCAAGUAUCUAUUUCAACUUCAAUAUUGAAUUCGAACGGUCACCAUCAACUUAUGUAUUGGACCAAGCUUUCAACUAAUUGGUUGUUGUCCAUGUUUAGAGAUUUCGCUUUGACUUAAUCGUGUCACGUAUACUUGUUAUGACAGAGUAAAUAUCUCUAAAUAUAAUUUAAUCGGUUUCGUUGAAUACUGUUGCUAAACAAUAAUAUAAAUUAAUUGAGUGGCGGAAAUUCACGUUUUGGGUUGUAAAUAUGUAGCAGUCGUACUCUUUACGCAAAACUUUUAUUGGUGGACAUGCUGACCUCAUCUUGAACUCACAUAAAAAGAGUGAAUAUUCCUAGUAUUUACUAACAUAAACAAUGAAUGCGGACAUCGCUGCACCCUGAUCUCCAGGUUACCCAUUAAUAGACGGUUUAUCUUUAGCAGUUUUUAGAGGAUUUUAGAUUAAGUUUAAAGUUAUUGAGUUAAUUCUAUCUAAAAUAUCCUUGGAAAUAGAACAACAAACCAACUUUCUAAAACACCAACAACACAGUAAGAAUUAUUUAAUUUAGAUAUGAAUGAAAGUACAAAACGUGUAAAAUUUAGUGACAAAACACUUUUUAAACAGUGUGAAACUUUAUUAUACAUGCUACUUUCCAUGGGCGUUAUUUACGAAAUUGAGAGGACGAGAAACGAAUGUCCGACGCUUUAACCGGGUUGGUGCAUACGGAGAAUCCACCUAGGGAAUUCGGAAAGCCUUGAUUCCAAACCAAUGGUGCACAUGGGCUCAGUGAUCCUAAACAAACAAACGGCAUAUGUACCUAUUGUUGGCCACCGGUUACCAUGGGACUGCUCCUCCUGAAGUUGCUCCAUUGUCUCGGGGUGUGGCCUAAGAAAACCACCUGCUUUGGUUUGGGCAUCCUUGAAGUAUCACAGCCCUCACACAAAUCGAAUGAUUUACAUGGCGCAUAUCUAUUUCGUGCCUCCUUGUACUAAUGUUUAUGUGUUAAAUAAAUAAAUUAAUUUCCAUGGGUAAGAUCUUACUAUAGCUAAUCACCUACAUAAAACCCGCUCUAAAAAGCACAAAAUCCCCUAAAUAAAUACUAACUAGAGUAAAUCUGAAACACUAGGUUAUAGUCUAUACUUAGUUUUAUUAUUUAAAUUUGUUGCUGUAGUGAUUUGUCAGUAGAAAUACCCAUAAGAGGAUUUUAAAAAGACAUUAAACCUAAUUUUGGGUUGCCUGACCUCUCAAGGACAAUGAGUGCAUGGCACUUAUUGUCUUGUGACCAAUGAAUAAAGUCACUCCCCAAGUCACCAAUCAGAAUCCUAAUUUGAUCUGUCAUUUAAUUUAUCUGUAUCUGACGGCGUAGUAGACGCCCUACCAGUACUAUUGACCUUGAACCGGCAGCUAGAUUCCUAUUAAUUUACUAGCUGACUUUACUCUUUAUCUUGUCCCGAGUGCAAAGUAGUAACCUGCCCCUAUUAAUAUUUUCAAACAGACGUUAUUUAUAAACAAACAUACUAGACCGCAUCGCACCAUAUAAUAUAAAACAACAUUUAUGCAUGGUUAAGUCAGAAAGUGGUUGUGAUUAGAUAAGACUGUAAGUAAUAGACUGACGAUAAAAUAUGACUGGUAAAUCGUAUAACUGUAGUUGAUGGGUUAACUGAAAGCUUACGAUAAAUGGAAUAUAUAUAUAUGGUAAUCUAGUUACUUAGUAAUUGUACAAUAAAAUUAUAAUUAAGAAUAAUUCGAUGAACCAGUUCCAACUUCUACAAUAUUCGUUCCGUUGUAACAACUUGUUUUAUGCUACACCCAAAAAGGAUUGUAUGGCAUAUAUGUGCACCCCACCCCGUUAUUUUCGAAUUUCCGCCUAGAAAACCACUCAGUAAUCUUGAGUACGCGUAUGAUGCAGUCUUGCCUGCUGAAAACACCCAGUCUUCUAAACACCUCUCAUGAGAUCCCUAUUCACACAAAAGCAGUCACAACUUGAUUAAUUUUCAAAUAUGGGAUUACUUAAGUAUUAAAAUAUUACCCAGUUCUAUAAGAAACUAGCUGUUACUUAAAGCAAAUAAGUAUAUUAAAUCUGUUAAAAAGUACUAGUACUCAAGGAGGAUAGCUUAAACUUUUCCAUGCUACGUAAUCGUAAAGUUUCAGCUAUAAAAUAUACGUUAUCCACUUCUGAUUUUCUAACGUACUACUAAUUGGUACUUAUCACCUAACCAGUACAUAAACACUUUCAAAUUAUUGUACAGUAUAGAAUUGGACUGCUCAAAGAUUGUUCAAAGACCUUUACAUUCAAGCAAAUUAAAAGAACCGUCCAGAAUCGAAUGUGUUAAUGUAUGAUUCACCUUUGUUUCUACCGUAUUCUCUUAAUUAUUUAUGUAUUUUUUUCCGUAAUAUCAGCACCUCAAGACAAUCAUCUAAUAGUAGACGUCGGCGUGUUAGUCUAUUAGUCGAUGGUGUUCGAUUCCUCAUUGAUGCUGAACUUCUUCAAGCUCAUCCUAAUACAAUGCUUGGACGAAUGUUUAGUUCACAAUUUCUAGAGACUAAAUAUUUGUAUGAUAAUCUUAACAAUACUAAUUAUCCUCAGUCUACGUCAAUGGAAAGCAGUUCACCAAGUGAUAGUAAAUCACAAACUACCACACAUUCAUCAUCAUCAACAACGACAAUCCACCAUAAUUUUCAAACACAUCCACCAGAUAUCUCAAUUGCUCAAGAUUCAACUAUCUCAGCUCAGGUAUUUCGUACAAUUCUUGAUUAUUAUCUUAUUGGUUGUAUGUCUUGUCCACCCGGUGUUUCAGUACAAGAACUUAAAGAAGCAUGUGAUUACUUUCUUAUCCCAUUCAAUCAACAAACUGUAAGAUGUGAAAAUCUACGAGCAUUUUUACAUGAAUUAUCAAAUGAUGGUGCACAUGGUAUAUUUGGACAAUUUCUUGAAACACAUAUUCUCUCAUUACUUGUCAAGUGUACUCAAUUAGGUGAACGUGAAUGUCAUAUUGUCAUUGUAACAGAUGAUGAAACUAUUGAUUGGGAUCCAGACUAUCCUCCACAAAUGCCAGAUAAUGAAUUAAAUUCACAUAUAAUUUACAGUACACAAAUGUUUCGAUUUUUAAAAUAUAUUGAAAAUCGUGAAGUAGCCAAACAAGUGUUACUUGAACGUAGCCUUAAAAAAAUACGUAUUGGCAUUGAAGGUUAUCCAACUUGUAAAGAUCGGGUAAAAUUUCGUCCAGGUGCUCGACCGGAAGCAAUUUACAACUAUGUUCAAUGUCCAUUUAUUCGUAUGUCUUGGGAAGAAGAAGAAAAUAAGUCACGCCAUGUAGAUUUUCAAUGUGUAAAGAGUAAAUCAGUUAGUGAUUUAACAACAGGCUUAGAACAAGCUGUCAUCGACCCACUUCCUCCACACUUAGUUCAUUCAAAUUUAAACAAUCAGUUAAGAACAUCAGCGCCAGACUCUGUAGUUACUGUUGUAUCUUCUAACUUCGAAACUCAAACUAGUAGUAUUGUUAGUACUACUAUUACUAAUACUAGUACACUAAACCAUAGUGUAAAUUCUGUGACUUCAAACGAACUUACCGAAUGUACCAGUGAUACUCCAGCAAAUACAUGUGCUACGAUUAAUAAUAAUAAUAAUAAUAAUAAUGGAAGUACAAUCUACCUGAAUCGUAUAUCACGACUAUCUAAUCUCUCUGUUUUAACUUCAGAAUUAGGAUCAAAUUCAGAUGAACCAGAUUCUGCUACUCCAUUAUACAAUGCCUCUGAAUCACAAUAUGAUCCUGUCUCACCUACUUCUUCUUCAUCUUAACGCCUAGUGUUAUAAUCUAUCACUCUAAUGUUAUAUUUCACUUCAAACAACACUGCUCUAACAAUAUUAUUUACUAAUUAUUUAUUUAUGGUGCUGUCUUGUUUGUUUUCUUUGUAAAAAUAGAACACAUUCAAUCAAUGCUUUAUAACUAUAGGAAAGGGGAAUAACUGAUGUUAUUAUCAGGGAUAAUAAUUCAAUGUAUCCUCUCAUUGUUCCUCAACUUACAAGCAAUUAUUCAUCAGUAAACUCUUACAGUACACAGAUAUGCACAUGCAUUAUAUACAUAUAUGUAUACUACUUACACAAAUGAGCAAAUAGGCAAUACGAAUUAUUUAUCGUAAUUGGCUGUGACCAUAAAACUAAUUUAUAUCUUGCUUUCUCUUUGUCUACGCAUAAAUGCAUACAUACAUACUCAACAUGAUUAUACCACUCACUUUUGACUUAACUAAAUUAUUCAAUUGUAUUCGUUCAUCCUACGAUUAGGGCUACUACUAUUAUCACUAUUGAUCGCAAUUAAUGUACAGCUGAAAACAAAGGGAAACUUUAAUAAAAAGCACAAUUAUUUUUGCAUUAUCGGUUAUCUAUUGAAAUGAAAACGUUAUAUACUGUAUGUAAUAUGCUAUCAUUUAUCAAUAUAGGUGACUAAAUUAUCAACUAUUCUUAUUCAGAUUAAUUUUUACUAUAUUACACUCACAUAAAAUACCCAGUUGUUACUAGGAUUCAUUAAUAAUGUUGUGUUCAUUUUGUUUAUUCCUCUGCUUUUUGUUUGUUUUGUAUUUUCUACAUUUCUAAUAGUAAAAAUUCAGCAAUACUCCUUGUCUCGGUCCUCUACUACCUCUUUCUUUUUUUCGGAAAUACACAGACUGUUUAAUCUGUUUAUUAUUAUUAUUAUUAUUAUUAUUAUUAUUAUUACUGAGUAGUUUCUAACACUAAUUCCCAUGUUUGUAAUAUAUAUAUGCGUGAUUUUUACUCACUGUCCGUCCGCGUCUGUCCAGUUUUAUCUUCUACGUCUACAAUAUCUUUUUGAUUCGUCAACGUAAGUGAAUACGUUAAAAUGUUUGACUAGUUAGCUUUAAUUGUUUGUUUAUCUCAUUUGUAACAUUGAUGAUGAUUUAAGAUGUUAACGAAUAUGUUUAAAUUGGAAAAAAGGGCAGAUUAUAAAAAGUGUAAUAUCAAAUUGUACACUGACUCAUUAAUAUAUUGUUUUGUUCUCUUUUGAACAAAAAAAUUUUCAAUUUCUGUUAAGUGUACGUUUCCAAAGUGGUUGUUUCAUUGUUUUCUGUUCCGUUUGUAUCGUUAGGUCAUUACGACUGUAGUAGUAGCCAAUGUAGUUGACGUUAAUUUCUUACUUUGUUAGUUUUCCGAAUGGAAUAUAUACACCCUCGUAGUUCAUGAUGGUAGUCUAGUACAGCCGAAAUUCAACACAAUCAUUUAUUCCAUGACAGUUUUAAUAAAUUAAAAUGUAUAUACUAAUUAUAUGUAUAUGCAUACAUAUAGUCUUGUGAUACUGUGUGGCAUGUAUGUCUGGUUGGCCCAGAUUUGUAUUUGUAAAACUGUCUUAAAGUGUAGAAUGCCGCAAUAUUGUGCGUAAAUCUAAUGCUCUCUCAUAAUAUAAAGUUAUCCAAUAAAUAAGACUAAAUAAAAGUGACAUUAAAAUGAAUUCAGAGAAUAUACUUAUAACUAAAAUCAUAGUUUAAAUGUCAGAUGAUGGAUUCCAUGCUUCAAAAACAACUUGAAUCAGUUAGGUCGGUAUCAUGUCAUAGUUUCACUAUCCUGACAGUUUUCCGUUUUUCAUUAGGCUAAGUGAUAUUGAUAGAAAUACGAAAUGAAACUAAUUAGACAUCUCGCCAUCAGGUUUUCUUUUUUACCAAGAACCUCAGUUUAAUCACUUUCAUGUGUGUUAUCGUCAUUGUGGUGUUUUAUUUUCGAAAGAUAUUUAGUGUGUUAUAUUUUCAGUGAAUUUGAUACAUGUGUAGUUUACUAUUUGAUGAUGAGGUAAAAACAAAUCAAGUACUGACUUUACUUCUAUGGUGCGGUAACUUAGUGGUUAAGGUGUUUGACUUCAAGUCUCAAAUUUGAACCCCACUCCACAUAAUUUGGUCUAGGUAAUCGGGUAGUAUCAUCAGCCCUCAUGCUGUUCAUGCCUAAAUACUUGUUAAAUGAGUUAAUUCCAUUUCUAACUAUUUCGAUAAAAACUGACAGAGUACAAAUGGUUUUUAUCAUCAAAUACUGAUCUAAGAAACAUCAAAGAGCUGUCUUUUUCAUGUUAAUGAUGCCGUUAUUAAUAUAAAUCUACUCCUGUGAGCAUUAAUAAUCGACUGAACUCGUGUAAAAUUUUAUUUUAAGAAUCCUAACCGACAAUAUUAAAAUUAGCAUCCUCCCAUGAAGACCUGGAAUUCUCAUGUUUUAUCAUCGAAAAUUCGGCUUUAAAAACAAAGCAAGUUUUCGGUGAUUUUACAGGAUACUUUAUUUUACAAUAAUUUUCAUUUUGAAGAUUCUUCAGUUUUCGUGACCAGUAAACUAGAUACCAUUUUAUAUAUUGCCCCCACAUACCAUGGUACGGCCGGGGGUGGAGCCUGCUCUCCCCCUCGGAAUGCUUCCAAGGGGCCACGUGUAUACAGCCACUCCCAGGAAAGUCGUACUCACUGCCCUCUCGUGACGGGGGUGUUGGUUACGGAAUUGAGAGAACGAAAAUCGAAUGUCCGACGCUUUAACCGGGUUGGUGCAUAUGGAGGGUCCACCUAGGGAAGUUGGAAAACCCUGAUUCCAAACCAAUGGUGCACAUGGGCUCAGUGAUCCUAAACAAACAAACGGCGUAUGUACCUAUUGUUGGUCACCGGUUACCAUGGGACUGCAUCUCCUGAAGUUGCUCCACUGUCUCGGGGUGUGGCCUCCUAAGAAAACCACCUACUUUGUUUUGGGCAUCCUUGAAGUAUCACAGCCCUCACACAAAUCGAAUGAUUUACAUGGCGCAUAUCUAUUUCGUGCCUCCUUGUAUGUGUCCAAAUAAAUAAAUAAUUUUAGAUAUUCGAUUAUGUAAUAUUACGAAAUAUGAUCCAGUUUUCAGUUCUAAAACUUUCUUUUUAUUUUGAUGUCUUUGAUUCCUGGUGAACCAUGACAAUAUACAUUAAAUUAUCCUUAGAAGUGUAGAUUUAUGAGAGACUCUGAAUUGAUAUCUCAUAUGUGUGCUAAUACUAAGUAACCAUUGGGAAACUUUUACUACCUUAGAAAUCUCAACCAGGCACUAAGUUAUUUGACCAUAUGAUUGUACUAACUUUAUGUGAUAAUAUAAGUCUAUAAAUUCCUAUAGAGUAAACCCAGAAACGUACACUGUGAAAUCUACUUAUUCUGUUAAUGACAUCCCAAAUUCAACCUGCUUCGGUUUGGGCACCCGGGCAGUAUCACAGCCCUCACACAUCAAAUGAGAUUUGUGUAGCGCAUAUGUAUUUGCUGCCUCCUUGUACCAGUAUGUGUUAAAAUAAAUAAUAAUAAAUAAAUAAAUCCCAAAUUCAGCAAGCGGAGACCUAGAUUUUAAACCAUUCAGCCUUCAGUUAAUAGGUCCCAGAUUCAAACCACUCUCCACCCAGUCACUCAGCCGUCUACAACGUAGGAUCAGGCAUAUAUAUGCAUCAGUACAAAUGGAUAGAAGCACUUACUUCAAUGGUAGUAGUUAUUCUUGGUCAGUUGAAUGGCAGUGUCACUACCGUCCAUAUAAAGUGAAUAAAAGCUGAGUACAUAUACUCACUAAAUGAGUUUCUUUAAUUAUUCUGUGAUACGCCAUCGGUAGCUUCUGGAUUUCGGGCAUUCCCUAUUCGCAACUUGUAGCAGACAAAUGACUUAAUUUCAGAGAUUUUUAUCGGGUACCAAUACCAAACGUUCAUAGGUAUGGCUAGAACACGCGAAAAGUAACUCGAUGAACGAAUACUAUUAUAAACUCGGUCAAUACUAAAGACUAAACAAAUAAAAUCAAACUUCUAAAUUUAAUCUGCUUUCACGAUUUCAUCUAUUCUGAGAUAAGUUCAUGAACUUGCAAAUAUAAUGUAAUCACGCUUUAAGUGAUAAAACAGACAUUUUGUUAAAGUCGUUCGAAACCCCUUCGAUCAUACUUCAAGAAUUUUACAAUAAAAUAAUUAUAAUGAAGUUUUAAAGAAGAAACGAAUACUUAUUUAUUAGCUGACUGAAAUAAUUAAUAUUGGUUAUCCCACUCCACUUAGUGAAGCGAAAACAUUCCAAGAAAUAAGACGAUACAUAUUUUUACCAGCUCCUUCAUUGAUUAUGACCGACUAAUGUCGAAAAAAAAGUCACCCCACAAUAUAUUCAGUAUAAUAGUAAGUUUCUAUUUCGUCAAUUACUGAGUGAAGUAACAAUUGUCAAAGUUUUUUGUUGCUAAACGUUCAAUAGUCGACCAUAGAUGCUUCACAAAUGUUACUAGUGUAUACAGGGACUAUCGAGUGAGUAUUACUGAGGUUGGGAACAGGGUACUCUAGUUAAAGAUAGAAAGUUAAUUGGCAAAAUAGUGAAUCUUCAUCGACUUGAAUGGUUGGAAUAUCUAUUUCAUAUAUGCUCAAUCACCAUCUACAUUGACUUGUCAUUUUUCCUAGUGCAAUAAUAGGUCAGAAGAAAGUUAGACUCAUCACAACUAAAGCUAGACAUCAGUCCGUAAAGUCGUUGACUAUUGAACUGAGCUAUGUUGGUAAAUACAAACUACUUGAUCGAGAUCUCUUCGUGAUUAUCUCAAAUGAUGGUUGGAGGCGUUAUAGCAUAUGGUUCAGAAUCAGUCGUAAUGGCUCAGAUGCAUUCAUCCUUUGUCUUUUCUUAGAUCCUGAGUUUUUAAAUCAUUUUUUACUCUCGUUUUACUCCAGAAACUAAUUCAUUCUUAUAUUUCCUGUACCCAAUUUUUUUUACUGAUAAUGUUACUAUUUCCACUGGUCUGACAUUUAUCUGAAUAAUUUGGUGUGACACAUUGAAUCGAUGCACAUAUAUCCCAAGUCCUAGAUUACUUAUGACUGACUGAGGUCAAAUCACAAAUUACAAUCAUAUCGAAUAAAUAUUUGAUUAUCUGGUAUAUUCUCACUUUGGACAAAUUCAUACCUUCUUUUAUUAAAGAAAAAAUUCUUGUGCUACAAAGGUAUAAUUUCGUAUGACUUGUAUGUUGAAAUUAACUUUACAUUAAUUAAUUUACAUAAUUAGGUCAUACUGUACAGUAUAUACGUGUGACGUAACAAUUGUUAUUUAAACGGUAAUGAAAUAAACAGGUUCGUGAUUUCAUCUGAUUGUCAUGUGUUAACCAAGUCAAGCAUAAAUUGUUUAAAUUUCUUCAAGUUCACCGGAUACGAAAACAAUUUGAAUUAAAGUAUUUCUUUUCUAAAGAAAAAAAAACUUGGAAUAUUAGAUAUAAAUAUUUCAAGAUUAUCUGAGAUUAACUCAAAAUCAAUGGUUUCCACCUUUAACGAGAUUUUUGUAUUGAAAUAUUGAUUUUCAUCAUUCAGUUUUAUCAGUGUUUUUUCAUUCAAUGUUAACUAUUUAUUGGUUAAAUCACUCGACUUAUAGAUUCGAAUCCCAAAAUCAAUCUGUAAUAGUUUGAGCACUGAGUAAUAUUGUUAUUAAUCUUUACGUAAAUAAUAUUAUUCAAAGUUAAUAACACUAUUCAACAUAUUCUGUCUAUACCUGAUUAUAUCGGAGAUAUGUUUCCCAUUAACUGUUAGUAAACCAAGUAAUUUUUUGUUUCUAUCGCUUUUGAGCCUUAUAACUUCUCAACAUUCAUCUCUUGAUUCUUACGUAACUACUAUCCUAUUGACCAUCCGGUAAAAUUCUAUUCCUUCUUUGUUUCUUAUAUUACGCAACAUAGCAACUUCUUGAUUACUUUGAAUAUUAAUAAUCCUCUUUCUUCCAAUUACUCAAUGUUAAUUUAAAUGUCAUUAUGUAAUUAUUACGUAACGUAUCCACUCGAUGAGUAUUAUAUUAUUAUUGUAAAACAUAUAUAUAUAUUAGUGUAGAGCCAUGAUGAAAAACUAAUUGAAAAAAAAUUUCUUCGCUCAAUUCGUCCCUUCUAUAUUUCAUAUUGUUAUUAUCAAUAGUACGAAAUCGACUUCAUACAGCAUAUUGAACCCAGGAUUCAGAUGUGAAACCGGAAUAAAAAACCAACCUAAAUAUAAAAGAUUGACAGGAAGAAGAAAAGAUAGGAUGAGUAUGGAACUAAACAACUUGCAAAGAGAGAACUUAUUACUUUAUGUUAUUAUUAAUGUGAAUGAAAUAGAAUAUUGUCUUACUCUCCUAAUAUUGAUGCACACCAUAUUUUAAUUAUGAUAAUGACUAUGAUGAAAUUUCGAGAAUGAUAGUCUAGUUAUAAGACAAAAUAAAAAAAAUGAUUAUUCAUUAAGACUUGGUUAUCUUUAGUAAUGUACAUUUAGUCUGUCUUAGUUUUUUUGGCAUUACUUAAUAAUAAAGCGCAUAUCAAAACUGUGUUAUUUUGGUUUCUUGUAGAGUUGUAUGCAUAAAACCACUAGUAAUUCUCAGUCAAAUAGUGUGAAAACCAGCUAUAUAUAUAUUGUCCAUGUUAUUCACUUAAAUUAACCGAGUCCUAAUAUGUCAGUGAUUACAUUGUCGAAGUUUCUGAUCAUUCAGUCACGAAUUCAAGCUCCAUCAUACCGACUCCGAUUUAAGGUAUUUUCAGUCAAUUAAACUAUGUCACACUGACCGAUACAAAAACUGACAAUAAUUAAUAAGUGAGCUACGUGCUUAUAUUUGCUUAUCCUUGUGAAAGUGUCAAUUUUGAAUAGAGUAAAAGUAAUAGCUGAGAACACUUGACCACCAAUGUACACAAAUAUAUAGUUUGUAGCUGAUUGUGAUUGGCUUAUCAACCAGUUAUAGAUUCGCAUACAUGGUUUUGAGCCAUAUUUCUAAGUGUGGAAGCUAGUGAUACUGUGGUGUAUGCUACCUAUGUUGACAGAGAUAAGCAGUAUGUAACACCAUUCAGAAGUGGAAUGCCUAGAAGAAGAUUGUAAAGAAUAGAACAGGAAGGAAGACAGAGCAAUUGUAACAACAACAGAAUUGAAAGAAUCAGGAAGCGUGCAAAGGACAACUGAAGGAAAUGUGCAAACAAUGUAUUUAACGUAUGAUUUUCAUAUUUUAAGAAAGCACUCCGUAAUUUUACAUGAAACAAUAAAUUGGUCUUCCCCAUCUGAGUUAUUCGUUCACUACAAUACCGUCUGUUGCCCCAACUGACGUACAUAAAUGGCGGUCCGGACCUGCUACUCAAUAGUUGAAGUUUGAAGGCCUCAAUCACUGAGCAAUAUCUGCCCCCGUUUUUUCUAAUAUAUGCAUCAGAGAUUUCAUAUUAGUGAUCAAAUGAGUCCGA